GGAGCCGCACCCAAAUUCCCUUCUUCUUUUUCUUCCCUUUUUAUUUAUAAUCAUUCCCGACUAGAGGAUAUAGUACAGUCAGUAUAGAGCGUAUACAUAUCGUGGUCAGUAGUAACGCGACUCAUGAACCCGCCCCUAAAAGUGAAAAUGCAGUAGAACGGUGUAAACUAUAAGAGUUUCAACUCCAUAGUUUCUCAUCACCGUUCCCACAACCCUCGACGACAUCUCUCUAAAUUGCCUCUAUCCUGCUUGGUAGGUGGGAGUGCCCAACCGUGCUCUCAUGGAUGCUCUCUUCGACCCCCGGAACCAGACAUUCUUCAUCCUCGGUAGUUCUAACAUCAACGCGCAGCGCGUUCGUCUUGCCAGCACGUCUAUCAACUACGGCGUACAACUCGGCCUCUGCCUUUUAUCCCUGCUAACAUCACUCCUACUUCUUCCUACAACCAAGCUCCGGCGUCCGGUGCACUUGUCGCAGGUCCUAUGCCUGGUCGUCUCGGUUACCCGGCUCAUCCUGCUCGUGCUAUACUUCCCCGGCCCGCUGACCGAGUACUACGUGGCCUGGACCCGCGAUGCCUCCGUUUUACCGUCUGAGGCGUAUAAUAUAACAACGGCUUCUAGUGCAUUAAGCGUGCUGCAACUCGCUCUAGUCGAAGCGUCUCUCAUGCUCCAAAGCCGCGUCUUAGUCCGGACCUGGGGCGUGUACUCCGCGUCUCCAUCUCUCCGUUCUUCUGUUCCCGUCACUAGUCCUUCAUCCAGUUCCACGACCACCGCCCGAGUCGGUAAAUGCUGGUGGCGCCCUCCAGUCCUCUUCCUGGCUGUGACCCUGGCCGCAGCCGCCGUCGCGCUCAGAGCUGUCUGGGUAGCGCGCUACACGCAAGCUCUUAAGGGACACACGCUUCCCGUGCCUCUCGACGGCGUAGGGAAGACCUCUGCAGUGAUCAGCGCGAUGUCGGUGUUUUAUUUCUGCGGCGUCUUUUUUACGCAUCUGGCAUUACACCUCGCGGCCACGAGGCGCGUGCUCCGGGGCAAGGGACGCAAGAUGUCGAUUGCCCUGUCUUUGAAAGGGGGCGGGAGCAGUGGGAGGGAACUGAGCUCGCUUGAGAUUUUGGCCGUUGGGAAUGGUAUUCUUAUGCUGGCGCCUUGUCUCUUCGCCGGGCUCGACGUAGCAGCCGGACCAGGAAAUACCCGCGUCCUGCCCUUCGACGCCGGAUCCUGGGUACAAACCCUCGUAGCCGCCGGUCUACCACUCAUCAGCAUCGCCGCCUUCUACCGGGGCUCCGACUCGGCCGGUUCAAGCUUCCGACGGUCAAACCGAGGAAGCAGAAGGAAUUUGAACAGGAGAAAAAGCCACCGCACAUCUUCCCCUUUUUUCGCCACCGGCAACGGCAUGCCCUCUUUUGCUCUGCCCUCUUCUCUCUUUAGCCAGCAAUCUCGCACCCUUUCCAAAACAGAUGAAGACUCGGAAACUUUGGAUAGUAGUAUGCAUUGGAGUCCGAGGAUACCUGUGGGCGGCGGGAACGAUGAUGACUUGGAGGCAGGGAAUGGGAGAACAGGACCUGUGGAUCAUGAAAAGAUACAAGAAGGAAUCGCGAGUGUCCAGGUACAAAAGGACCCCGAGGUCACGGCCGAGAGCGUAGGCGUAGGCGGGUUCGAAAAAUAAUCUGAAUCUAUAUGUAUAAC